CGUAGACAUCUUGAUCAACAAUCAAUCUGCCGUAUUGGAAAUUCUACGCGUUGUGCUGUCCUCGGCAAGCCCUGCUCCCGGGACUGCAAGAUACAUCACACCAAAGUCUCGCAUAUUCUCUCAUUCAUCGACCUGCCGCCUAAAACCCCCAAAUCCGUGGCACUGAGGGGCAGCGAGAGGAACGGUCAGUCCACUUGUUGAUGAGAUCAGCAAUCGAACGACGCAACCUCAGCGGCCAGGUUCAGCUUUUGCCUGUUCGAGAUCUAGCAACAACAACAUUUCAUCUCAAACCCCAGGGGUAGCACAAAUUCCAUAUGAUACCUUGAGCUAUCUUCCUGUACAGAGGCGACAUGUCCUCUGUUGGAGACGAUCGCGGAUACAAGGUUGUCUACACCAGCAGAAAGAAAGAUUCCGAUCGGGUCGACCAUCACAGACCGCGCCGAGACUACGAGUAUCCCGAAGAACGAGUUGCGCGUCGCGACUACCGUGAUGAACGGGUAGAGAUCGACAGGAGCAGCCGCAGUGACUUUGACGCUGGUAGCACCAGGACGACUUACAAGGUCGGUCGAGACCGGAAAUCCGAGGCUUACCUCAAACGCAACGACGCGAUCGUUAUCGAGAACCCAAGAGACUAUGGGCGUGCAGAAUACGAGGUCGUCCGCCCCACAAGGAAUGCCGACGGUGCAUAUGUGAUCGACCUCGGGGGAGGCGGCCGUCCUCGGGGACGUGACGACCGUGAAGCGAAGUACUACGAUGUCGACUAUCGCUCGCGACGCGGUGACGAUGUCGUCAUGUACGACUCACGUGGCCGAGACCGAGUCGUGAAGGACACGGUCUACAAGGAUGUCCAAGUGAUCGAGGACUACGACGAUGGUCCUCGCUCCGACCGACGUGGGCGUCGCACAGUAGGUUCGUAUGAAGAAGAAGACGAAGUACCGCCACCACCAAGGCGCUUGCGCAGUGCGAUGAGGGGCAGGAAUGAUUCCCCGCCCGAAGUGUGGGAGCACAAACGGUCACGAAGUCGAGUAGGGUUCUACAGGGACCAGGUUAGCCUGCACGACGCCAGCGAGAGUCGACACGAACGACCGGGCGCCGAGGCACAUCUUGCGGGCAAAUACCUCGUUGGCCACAGAGGCCAGCGCGUCCGAGAUGAUGAGUAUGACGACGAUGAUGAUCACCGGAGUGGUCGGCAUAGGAGACGAUACGCACCUCAACGGAUGAGUGAACCGCGCAUCACUGGCCAGGAAGAAUACGACGACGACAAACGGACCUUCACCGAGGACGUUAUGAGGAGCUAUGAGUACGAAGACGAUGCACCCCCGAGGCGGGCGUAUCCACCCCAGAGAAGUCGGUCCAGAAGGCGACACUCACGACGACGACAUGCCGACGAUUAUUCCGAUUACUCCGAACAUGAGGUCCGAAAACGAACCGAGGAGUACUAUUGACGAAUCACGAAAGUUAUGAAUUGAAAAAUGAAAAGAAGCUAGUCAAGUUUUCCCAUGGGCUCAAUCGUAUCCCAUAUUUCGAAUGAGAAUGCUACGUAGAGAAAACAUUCA